UUUAGUCUGGAAUCCCCAAGCCAUUGUCAAAACCUUCAGUUCAUGGAUAACCUUAUCAAUCUCACCAUGUCCUACAGGGCCGACUCCGAUAUUUUUACACCCUAUGGUUGGCUAGAGAAAAAUGAUGGUACCAUCAACUUUACUAUCCCUGAGAAGUCAAAAAUUGUGGCUUGGGCUGUAAGUAAUUGGAACCCAAGAUCCAGAAGAGUACAGUACUAUGAUCAGUUAAAAAAAUAUUUGCAUGUUGACAUUUAUGGUGGUCAACAUCUCCCACUUCCUAGAAAUGUUCAUUUACAAACUAUUUCAACAUAUAAAUUCUAUUUCGCUUUUGAAAAUUCAAUCCAUGUAGACUAUAUCACUGAAAAACUGUGGAUUAAUUCACUUGAAUCAGGAACUGUACCAGUAGUUUUGGGUCCAACACGUGCAAAUUAUGAGCGUUUUAUCCCUCCAGACUCAUUUAUUCAUGUGGAUGACUUUUCUAGUGCCCAAGAAUUGGCUUCUUAUCUCCUCAGGCUGGAUAAAGAUGAUCAAAAGUACCAACAAUAUUUCAACUGGAGAUCAAUCUAUUCAUUGCGAAAUCGGAAGGAGCAUGGAUACCGCAAUACUGCAGAGUAUGCAAGUCUUUGAGAGAGGCACCACCUUAUAGGACU